GAGUGUCGGCGUGAGAAACGAUGAACGAAUCGGGACGAGCCGGGAACGAAGCGGUGCGAUAAUAAUAAUAUGUGGACGACGCGGCCACGAACUAGGCGAAAGUGGCGACAACCGUCGACCCCGUCUUGCAGAGAACGUGACAAUCGACGGUGGAAUCACCGUCGGGACGGCUUCCGUAUCAUCUACUCGGUGAUUCUGGCGGCCUGCAUGGCGACGCAGGAAGCGAGGGGUGCUAAGUGUCCACCACCGGACACAAUACCCGGAUGCCCGUGUUACAACUUCGAAAACGGCGGUCUGUUCCUGGAGUGCGCAGGUGCCACCGAGGAGUCCCUCAGGAACGCUUUGUCCGGCGUGAUACAUGCUGCCGGCGAGGAAGGGGCGCUCGUUCAAUCAUUGAGCGUGUACGAAUUGGAUCGGAAAGUAGAGGAACUUCGGUCCGCUGCUUUCCCGGCAGGCUCGCAAAUUAGGCAUCUGCAAAUAUCGCAUUCCGCGAUCCGCGAAAUAAGCGAGGAUGCUUUUACGCGACUCAGUAAAAGCCUGGAAUCCUUGGCACUCGUAUCCGGUCGACUACCUCACGUACCUCAAAAGGCUAUGGCUUCGCUGAGCCUACUCAAAGCGUUGGACCUGGAGGCCAACCUCGUUUACGAGCUGCCUAGCUUCAGUUUCUUUGGACUCGCAUUAAUUAAACUGAACCUGAAGGGUAAUCAAAUCAUGAAAAUUUCGGAGUACGCCUUUGCUGGACUCGAGGGUACUUUAAAGGAUCUGGAUCUAGCGGAGAACAAGAUCAGAGUAUUCCCCAUGACAUCCUUAAGAAGAUUAGAACAUCUCACGUCCUUGAGGCUUGCUUGGAACGAGAUAUCCCAGCUCCCAGAGGACGGCUAUUCCAGGCUAGACGCCUUAAACUUCCUCGAUCUCAGUAGCAACAAUUUCAAGGACAUUCCGCUCAAUUGCUUUCGCUGCUGUCCGUCCCUAAAGACCCUCUCGCUUUAUUACAACGCGGUCGAGUCGGUCGACAAGGAUGCCUUUAUAUCGUUGAUCGAUCUCGAGUCGAUAGACCUUAGCCACAACAAGAUCGUAUUUCUUGACGUGGCCACCUUCCGUGCCAAUCAAAAGCUCAGGUCGAUCGAUCUCAGCCACAAUCACAUACACUAUAUCCGGGGCGUGUUCUCGAGGCUGCCCGAGUUGAAGGAGCUCUUCCUGGCGGAGAAUAACAUUCUCGAAAUACCGGCGGAAACAUUCGCCGGUAGCACGAGCCUUUCGGUCGUAUACCUCCAACAAAACGCCAUCAGAAGGAUCGAUGCGCGCGGCCUGGCGACGCUCGGUCAAUUAGCACAGCUACAUUUAAGCGGAAAUUACAUCGAGAAAGUGCCGCGUGAUUUUCUCGAGCACUGUGAAAACCUCUCGACUCUGUCAUUAGACGGUAAUAACAUCCGCGAGCUUGAAGUAGGCACGUUUGCCAAGGCGAAGCAGCUGCGCGAGCUCCGGCUACAGGAUAAUCAGAUCACCGAGGUGAAACGUGGCGUGUUCGCACCGUUGCCAUCGCUCCUUGAGUUACAUUUGCAAAACAACGCCAUCACGGAUAUGGAAACCGGCGCGCUGAGAUCUCUACACAGUCUGCAACAUGUGAAUCUACAGGGUAAUCUUCUAGCGGUGCUCGGUGAUGUGUUCCAAGUGUCGAACGACGUCGGUCAGAGCGAAAACAGCGGUAGCUCUUUGGUUUCCAUUCAGCUAGAUAACAAUGGACUCGGCGUCCUACACAAUGACUCAUUAAGGGGCCAGGCCUCGGUCAGGAUCAUGUGGCUCGGACAUAAUAGGCUGACUCGUCUUCAAGCCCCAUUGUUCCGAGACCUGUUGCUAGUUGAACGUCUGUAUCUCACGAAUAAUUCUAUCUCGCGGAUAGAAGAUACCGCUUUCAAACCAAUGCAAGCACUUAAAUUCCUGGAGCUCAGUAUGAACCGAUUAAGCCAUGUGACCGUAAAGACAUUUUCGGAGCUCCACGAGCUAGAAGAGCUCUAUCUGCAGGACAACGGUUUACGCCGUUUAGAUCCUUACGCCUUGACGGCCCUCAAAAGACUGCGCAUCCUCGAUCUGGCUAACAAUCAUUUGAACGUGUUACACGAUAAGAUCUUCCAGGAGGGAUUGCCGAUCAGAACACUCAACUUGAAGAAUUGCACCGUCAGCGUGAUCGAGAACGGUGCCUUUCGCGGACUGAACAAUCUCUACGAACUAAAUCUCGAGCACAAUCAUUUCACUGCCACGGCAUUAGACCGCCUAGAUAUACCAGGAUUAAGAGUUUUAAGAAUAUCAUACAACAACUUCAGUCAAAUUAACGCGAACUCCUUGGACGGUUUGCCAUCUCUUCAACAUCUGGCGAUGGACUCGUCGCAAAUCUACAGAAUGCCGGCCGAAAUCUUUUCAAAGAAUAAGAAUCUGGGGAAGCUAUUGCUCAGUAACAAUUUACUCAGGGUACUGCCAGCAACAUUGUUCCUGGGGCUCGAAGCGCUCAAGGAGGUCAAGCUUGAUGGCAACAGGUUCCAAGAGGUUCCGUACGAUGUGUUCGCGAAUGCCACUACGAUAGAAUUCCUCUCUCUGGCCAACAACGUUCUUCACCGCGUGGACAUGUCGCGAUUAAACGGAUUGACCAGUUUACGAGAACUCGACCUACGCGGCAAUAACAUUGCGUCUCUCACUGGUUUCGCCUCUGUCAAUUUCUCCCGCCUGAUAUCCGUGGAUCUGAGUCACAAUCACUUAACGGCUCUUCCGGCGAAUUUCUUCGCUCGCUCGAAUAUGCUGCGGAAGAUCGAGCUCGCAGCUAAUAAGUUUCGGCAAAUACCUGCCGUUGCACUCUCGGCGCAAAAUAUACCCGGUCUAACCUGGCUGAACGUCACGGCUAAUCCCCUCGUGAGAAUACACGAGAUCAGCUCGGAGGCGAAGUAUCCAGCUCUUCAAGAAAUUCACAUCUCCGGGACGAACUUAACAAUAGUUACUAGCCAAGACUUCGAGGCGUUUCCCGCGUUGAUGCACCUCUUCAUGGGUAGUAAUAUGAUAUCCAGAGUGUCGCCCAGUGCAUUUCGCAGCCUCUCGAAUUUACUUACCCUGGAUCUUAGUAUCAAUGAACUGGAGUUAUUACCGCAAGAAAGAUUGAAAGGGUUGGAACACCUCAGACUGCUGAAUCUCACGCACAAUCGUUUAAAAGAGCUCGAGGACUUCCCGCCUGACCUUAAAGCUUUGCAAGUGCUCGAUCUUUCGUACAAUCAGAUAAGCGGAGUGGGAAAGGGCACGUUCCAGCAUUUGGAGAAUUUAGCUGAACUACACCUCUACGGCAACUGGAUAUCGUCGAUCUCCCCAGACGCGUUCAAGCCGCUGAAGAAGCUCAGGAUUUUAGAUCUAAGUAGAAACUACUUAGCGAACUUACCGCUGAAUGCCUUUCGACCACUUGAAACGCAAAUACGGAGUUUACGGGCCGAGGAGAAUCCACUGCACUGCGACUGCGAGUCCCAAGAGCUUUGGGAAUGGCUGCGCGACCACCAGAAGCUGGUCGGCGGAGGGAUGAACCGAAAUCGCGGGGGCGGACUAAGAAUGAACGACGUGGACGGUGGUUUGUUGAGAUGCGAGCAACCGCCAGAGCUGCGCGGACUGGUCUUCCUGGAUCUGGACCCGCACGCCUUCUGCACCGCGCCCUUGGUCCUGAAAUUGGCUAUUCAGGACAUUCAGCCCUUCUCCGUCCUGGUAUCGUGGCAGAGCAGGAAUCAUUCUGGCCUGCGUGGUUACCAGGUGGCCUAUCACGCCUUGGAUAAUGUCGACGAGGUACGUGCCAAAAUACUCGAGCCAAACGCGCGCUCAGUGAAACUGUCGAAACUGUCGCCGAACACCCGCUACCUGAUCUGUGUAUUCGGUCUUGGUAAUUGGAUGACGUCACGGAUGGAGGAUGGCCCGAUGGAGCAGCUCAAUUUCACGCAGGUCGAAAUACUCGCGUCCACACCGAGCUCGCAGAUGACGGAUUCCUCGACCAGCCGUUGCACCGAGGUGAAGACAUUGGACGCGCCAGACGCAAUAAUUAGCAGCGAUGGCUCGGCCAUGGGCGAUGUUGGUAGUGUCAGCAACUUCUUGACGAGACGGUUAGGCCUGAUAGUAGGCUGUUGCAUGGGUUUCAUUGUUUUCCUCCUGCUGGUAUCUGUCUUGGGUUACCUCAAGGUGAAGAAGCAACGGGAGGCAGUCAAGAGGGAACAGCAACCGAUACCGCCGGAGUACAUAUCGUAUAGACACUUCAGCAUACAGAGCGGCGAAGCCGGCCACACCGCUGCCAGGCAAACCAGCCAGGACGGUCAGCACACGAACUUCAUCAACAACACCACGCUGAAUGUAUGAGAAAAGCCGCGGAACUCCCGACUCGUGGAGGUUUCGAACGUGUAAGCAAAGCUCGAGCAAUCCGAGCAUGUUAACUGGUUCGAAGGCCUCCUCGACUCGUGGAAGUUUCGAGUUCACGCAUCAGAGAGCCUCAAACGGACAAUGUCGAUUUUCGACACGACCGCCGAACUGUCUUAUAAACUGAUAAAUUGUCGCAAUUAGCAGUGCUGUGCGCUCAAGUGAUAAGCGCUGAAAGUGCUAUAAUUGACUCGACGAAUGCUCGAUGCAGAGCGUCAUUUUUCGAGAAGUAUCACUACCAAAAAACUGGCCAUGCCAGAUCUCCGCGUUAAUGGCAACGAAGAGUUCAAGCGAGUGAGUAUGCGUGUACGUGAGUGAAUGCACGAGCGAAUGGGAAUCUUUAUCAAAGUAAUAGAGCAUUUUAUAAAGGAUUUUCUACGAGUCUGAAUUCGGUUCCAAGUAGCUUUAAUCACUUCACGUGGCAUCGUAUCGAACGAGCGCGAUCGAGCGGAUGAAAGGUCUCGUAAGAAUUGUACAGAACAGAAAAUUGAUGAUAGAUUUCGAUGAUGUACGAGCGAUGUUGGCUACACGUGCAGUUCUCAUGUACUCUUAAAAAAUCUUAUAAGUUUUGAACAAGACAAGAAAUAUCGUACUCUCUAAUCUUUGCGAUGAAGAAAAUUUGUAAAAAAGUACGUCAAAUUCGACCAAACCGCUAUCAAAUUUUGCUUUAGGUCUUUAUUGGAUUGAGAUCUUCGAAAAGUAUUAGUAAUGUGAAGCAUUUCAAAUCAAUACGCGCGGUCUGACAGACGAUCAGAAAGAUGUCGCGUCAUACAUGUACAUACAUAGAACAUAAAAUAUAUCGACAUCAAGCAGAUACAUGAAGCUAUCCUGAACAUAAUGAGUGUCAUUUUAUCCGCAAGAAAUCGAUCGAAUUCGCGGACGGCGAACAGUGCUUUAGAGAAGGAGGAAACAAUUCUCUUUACAAUAUAUAAAGCUUAAAACACAAUUCCAAAUUACAAACGAUAGAAACAGAGAAUGACAAAUGUCGACCAAAAAUUGUGUAUACCAGAAUUAUACAGUACAAUUUCUGAUAGGUUGAAAUGUAUCAUUCCCUGUUUCUAUUGCCUGUGCUUUUCAAUUGUGUCCAGUCUUCUUCAAGAAAUAUGAAAUUUUGAGGAGUGUGUAUGAAACUCGAUCUCGAAAUUCGCGCGUGCUUCCUGACAGCUAUAAAUGACAACGGGGGGAAAUAGACGAUAGAUGAACUUUUGCUUCCGUGUAACACACGACACGCAUUUGCUGAACGAUUUACGACUAAACACUGCGUUAUUACGUACCGCCCCCAGGGCCGCCGCACGCGAAUGAGAUCGGACGGGUGUGAAGUGGCUAUUGUGUUUUCUUAAUGGCUCGGCAAACCGCGCGGUUUAGAACGUCACACGCGCGCCGAUCUCGCGAAAUGGCGCGCCAUUUUGCGGUGAACGCCCGCGGUACGACGGUACCAUCAAUUUCCGAUUGGGCCGCGUGCAGAUCAUCAGAGCGACGGGACGGAGGGGAAAAAUUGCUCAUCCCUGCGAACGAUCGAUUGUGCGGAUUUCAGAUCCUCUGGCGAUGAGAGGGUAACAGUUGUAAAAGAAAAAAAACAGAAAAAAAAAUGAAAGAAAAGUGUAAAUUUAAAAGAAGCUAUUCCAGGUAGCAAGUCAAAGUCAUUUUGACGAUAUUUUGACGUGUCAUAAAUGUUAUGUAACGUCAAAAAUCACAACAAUAACGUCUGCUUGCUACUUGGCAUUCUACGUCCGAUUAGCGUUUCAGCGCGAGUUUGUAAAGUAUAAGAUACGAGAGCAUUCGAUAGUUGGAUGCUUUCUAUUUAAUGACUCGAGUCAACACAAACAUCAUUCUAUCUUUCUUGUUAUU